AUGGAUUUCUCUCUUGAUGAAUUAAGAGCAUUCAAACUCAGAUUUAGUGGUACAUAUACAAAUGGGAAACUGUUAGUUUUCAUACUUCCAAAUAGCCUUAUCAUUCUUACAUUUCAUCCAGCAUUUAUUAAAGAUCAGAAAUCUUUUGACUACAUGGGGCCUCCACUUGGUCACGAAAUCCAUGUUGAUGAUGAAAUUGUUUAUAUUAAUGAAGAAAUACUUAAAUGUCCAACUCAAGGAAAUGUUAUAGAUGUAAAUCCAAACAUGGGCGAUGUAGAAAGAUUUAAAGGUGGCCCAACUUCGAAUUUUAUAUUAAUUGUCAAGCCUAAUAAAGGCGCUCCACGUCAAUUUGGAGAUGAUUAUGUUAAAAUUUGUUAA